AUGGCGUGCGGAGAAACGUCGCGGUCAGAGGCGUACCUCGCGGGGCCAGCGGUGCGGGAGGUGCGGGAGCUGGUGGCGGAGCUGUGCCGGCACUUCUACGCGCCGGGGUGGGUCACCGGCACCGGUGGCAGCAUCACCGUCAAGCGCUGCGUUCGGCUGGCUGGCCAGUUGGGGCUGGGCUGGCCUGCGCACUCACACUUUCACUGUUCACGUGAACAGUGUUUUCAGACAGAAGAAUAUUUUCUCUCACAACAAUCAGCCGGAACAAUAUUUUGGCUUAUUUUUCAGUCCUGCCGAACAGACCCAAGGUCCACGACCCCGACGUGCCGCUCGCCGACCGCCUCAUCGUGGUGUGCAAAAGGAGAGAAUGGCGGCAGAGGACAUGCAUAUCUGAUGAGAGGAGCUGGGGCAGUAAUUCACAGCCAUGGAAUAGAGACUUGCCUCGCGUCAAUGCUUGAUCCUGGUGCAAAGGAGUUCAGGAACACUCCUUAUGAGUAUGAGCUCACUGACUCCUUAAGUGAGGCGAUUGCAGCAUACCCAAAGACAACAGCUGUCCUUGUACGAAACCAUGGAAUAUUUGUGUGGGGUGACUCCUGGAUCAGUGCCAAGACACAGGCUGAAAGUUAUCAUUAUCUUUUAGAUGCCGCCAUCAAGCUCUAUCAUUUAGGUAUUGAUUGGACAACUCCUGAACAUGGUCCAAUAGCAAAGAAACCACGCAGAAUUUUGAGCCCUGGAAUUUCUAAUGGAGGUCAUGCUGCUGAAUCACCAACGCAGUGUGUUGUACUUGACAUUGAGGGCACAACCACUCCAAUAUCAUUCGUGACUGAUGUUAUGUUCCCUUAUGCCCGUGAUAAUAUUGAAGAUGAUUUAAGUAACAGAAUUCUUGGGGCUGUGCCAGUUCCACCUGAUGAGGCUGGCAUAGAAGAGGUUAUCGAUUCGUUGGUCUCUAAUGUUGAAUCGAUGAUUAAAGCAGACCGGAAGAUUACAUCACUGAAACAACUUCAGGGUCAUAUAUGGAGGACUGGAUUUGAAAAGAAGGAAAUACAAGGAGUCAUCUUUGAGGAUGUUCCCGAGGCACAAAAGAACUGGCAUUCUAGGAACAUAAAUGUAUCAUUUUGCUCACACACACAUGUGAAUUGUAUAAGUCCUAUUGUUAUGAUCCUUAGAUCAUUGGAGGAUAACCAUUGCCAGGAAGAUGGCCGGACAAAGUCGGCGUGGAGGGGGACUAGAGUAUUUAGGGGAAUUGUUACGUCGACGGGCUUUACUUCGAAGGAAGUUUACAUAUACUCAAGUGGCAGUAGAGAGGCACAAAGGCUUCUAUUUGGCAAUACAAUGUAUGGUGACCUGAGAAAGUUCCUGUGUGGGUAUUUUGAUACCACUAUCGGUUUUGAGGUGGUAAUAUCUAUCCAUCAGGGAAAUGCUCCGGUUCCUGAGAAUAAUGGUUUCCGCACUAUCAAAUCAUUCAGCGAGAUCUGA